UGUGAUGAGACCCGUGCCAAUUUACGAAACGGAGUACCUUGAUAUGACAGAUUGCAUCGGGAGACGAGAGUUAGUAACGCGUGAAGAAAUGAACACAUGGGACAUUGUAGCUUUCUGGGGUCAAAAUCAGGACAAGAUAUACGACCUGUAUAACAAAGUAGGAUAUGACGGUAACGGAAUCAACAUGUUAGAGCAACUGUUCAAAGUUCACCAAUAUCAGGGUUUCUACGAGUUGGUCCAAGAAAAAGCUCUGACUGUUUACGAAGAUAUUCUAAAACAAGGACACGACUUGAUCUGGAAGAGCAAAAUGUUUUGGAGUAUGGACAGUGUGAGAGCUCUAGCUGGAUCCCCAUGA